AUGGAGGCGAUUGCUAGGACUUUUAAAUCUGUGUGGCGUACAAAGAGAGGAUUCGAGGUGAAGGACGUGGGUAAUCGUGUGGUGUUGUUCGUCUUUGAGGACAGUGUGGAUGCCGAGCGGAUUAUCAUGGGUGAGUCGUGGAGUUAUGAUAAGUUCCUAGUCUCGCUCCAGCGCUUGGAUAAGAGUGUUUCGGUUAAGGAGUUGAGAUUUAAUAUGACGAGGUUUUGGGUCCAACUCCACGACCUUUCUAUUGGUGAUAUGAAUUCGAAGUCGGCAUGUAAAAUUGGGAGGGUUAUCGGAGAAGUCCAGUCCGGUAUGAAGGAGUGGGAUACUUAUGAUGGUAGUAGUUUUAUGAGGAUCAGGGUGCUGGUUGAUACUUCAAAACCGCUGUGUAGGGGGCGUAAACUUUGUAUGGAGGACGGUAAGGGCAGCCUUACAGAGAAGGAUCAACAGUUUGGAGGGUGGAUGAGAGGUCCUAUGAUCGCUCCAAAAAAGUGUUCUAUGGUGAAGGUGGAAGGAUGUGAGGAGGACAUGGACAGGGAUAGGCAGCAGUCUUCUUCUAGGCAUGAUAAUGAUGAGAUGGAUACCAGGGAGAAUACUGUUGUUGUUUUGGAAAGGAAUGGAGUUUUUCAUCCAAGUGAGGCCGUGGAGGAGCAUGGUGUUGAUGAGGGAGUUAGGUUGAUGGGGAACUUUGUUAGGACGAACAGAAGUGGCCAAGGGAAUUUUGAUGAUAAACUUAGGGAGAUAGAUUCAGAUUUGGCUGCUUUUGAUGGUGAUGCUAUAGAUUCAGUUGCUACUCCUUCAGGUGAGACAAUUAUGGGUACGGGGACAGGGAUAGAUGGUAAUGUUGAACAGGAGCAGGUAGAUUAUAGGGCCUCUGUUGAUUUGGAGAAUUGUACUCCAUUGGGUGAGUCACUUAGAGGGUGGAAAAGAUUUCAUAUUGAUGCUGUAAUUCAAGGUGGUUCGUGUGAGACUUGGAGAUUUACGGGAUUUUAUGGAGAAUCGGAUACUAAUGAUAGGGAAGAGGCAUGGAAUAUACUGCGCAUGUUAAAUUCAAAGCCUCAUCUACCUUGGAUUCGGCCACAUGGACAGAUGCAAGCUUUUCGGGAUGUUUUGGCUUGUGGUUUUGUGGACUUAGGCUUUACAGUUCCUGAAUUUAGUUGGCAAGGUAAUAGACAUGGGCAAGUUAUAUGGGAGAGGCUGGAUAGAGGGGUUGCAAACUAUGAUUGGAUGGCUAGAUUCCCAGCAGCUACCAUUAGACAUCUUCACUGUGUAGCUUCAGAUUAUAGACCGAUUCUGUUGGUGUUUAAUCUGAAUGGGGAAGCAACUAGGUGGAAGCGCAAACCUUUCCGUUUUGAAGAAAUGUGGUUGGCUGAGAAAGAAUGUGGAGCAAUAGUUAAAAGGGCUUGGGAGAUUCAGCCGAUUGGGAAUCAGAUGUACCGAGUAGUGACUAAGAUUAAGAAGUGUAAAAAAAUGCUGAAAUCGUGGAGCAAGGAUCAUUUUGGAAGCAUUAAAAAUCAGCUUAGAUUGAAAAAAGAAUUGCUUUGGAAAGCUGAGGAGGAUUCGGCCAAGGGAGGUAACCAUGGGGUGGUGGUUCAAUUGCGACGAAAGCUGAAUGUCUUAUUAGAUAAGGAGAAUCAUUCGGAACGUGUAUUGGCUGGAGUGCAGCCCGUGGUCAGCACCUCUAUGAAUGAAGCUUUGACUUGUCCAUAUAGUAGGGAGGAGGUGGAGGUGGCUAUAAAACAAAUGGCUCCUUUAAAAGCCUCGGGCCCUGAUGGGAUGCCCCCUUUAUUUUAUCAAACCUUUUGGCCAAAUAUUGGUAUGGAAGUCUCAGAUGCUGUCCUCUCUUGUCUCAAUUCAAGUAAUCUUCUGAAGUCUAUAAAUAAUACAUUUAUUACUUUGAUUCCAAAGGUUAACAAUCCCGAAACUGUUGCUCAAUUUAGGCCUAUCAGUCUUUGUAAUGUUAUCUAUAAAAUCCUGAGUAAAGUCAUUGUCAAUAGGUUAAAACCUAUUCUGAAGUCCAUUAUUUCUGAGACUCAGAGUGCCUUUGUUGCUAAUAGGCUUAUUACAGAUAACAUUCUUAUUGCUUUUGAGUCUUUGCAUCAUAUGAAAACUCAGUGUUCUGGGAGGACAGGUUUUAUGGCUUUAAAGCUUGAUAUGAGCAAAGCUUAUGAUAGAGUGGAGUGGGUCUUUCUAGAGAAAAUUUUAUUGAAGAUGAGUUUUCAGGAUUCUUGGGUGGCCAUGAUCAUGCAAUGCAUCACAACGGUAUCUUAUUCGAUUCUGGUGAAUGGUGAACCUACAGGUCUUAUUUAUCCUUCGUGA